AUGCCGCGGCUGUCGGAUGCCGAAGAUGAUAGCAUCGAACAAAGCUGCCCGCUCUGUAGGUUUCCAGACAAUAGCCAGAUGGUCAGCUGUGACGAGUGCCAACAGUGGUACCAUUUCUCCUGUGUUGGUGUGACCGAAGCUAUUGCCGACCACGACUGGAGCUGCCAGGAUUGCCUACAUGCCAGAUUUCCUGCUCCAGUGUCGCAAGCCGUCACGCAAUCACCAGAACAUUUGUCUCUCGUUAAUUCAUUCGCACGAUCAGUUGCCUCGGUUUUACCUCCAGUUCCAGAAGAACAAAUCAUGUCUGGUAAUGAGUUCCCUAUAAGCCAAUCUUUUGUUUCGCCGGUCGCUCUGGCGUCAACAAUUAGCGCAGAAUAUUCCGUAGCGGCCAAUCAAAGCUUUGUGAAUUCUAUUCCGCAUACUGUGCCUAUUAUGACAACUGCACCGUCGGUACCAGCACGAUCGAAUCUCAUUUCUCAAUUACCUAUGGAACUGAGACUCCGCUACCUCGAAGAGGAACAAAUCCUUGAGAGGAAACAUCUGAUGCAACGAUACCGUCUACUAAUAGAUACGCCUACAGUGUUACAUCCAAACUCGACAAUCCCAGUGCCUAGAUUCCCUUGUAGCUCAGAGCCGAUUAUUCGACCUUGCACAUCUUCAGGUUCUCAACAACGGCCUCCGGCCAGUUUACCAACCGCCCCAGUGUUUUGUAACCCGCAGUCCCAAUCUUCGCCGGUGUGUGACUUUCGAAAUUCAAGCAGGCCGGUUGGAUCCAGUGCUGGCCCACAGUGUUUCCCUUCGCUAGUGUCGUCUCGUGCAAACGUUCCAUACACGCGUCCGCUUGACCCGUCGCUUGCUACUAAUGUUGGGAAUGAAUCCACUUUACUUAAUAGAAGCCAGAUAGCUGCUCGUCAAGCCGUCUCAAAGGACCUCCCGGAAUAUAACGGCGACCCAGAACAGUGGCCGUUAUUUAUUGCUGCUUUCGAAAGUACGACGCGUCUCUGUGGCUAUACGAUAGAAGAAAAUAUGAUGCGGCUGCAAAAAUGCCUCAAGGGCAAGGCAUUGGACGCAGUCAGAUGUCAGUUGUUGUAUCCGAGAAAUCUGGAAAGUGUGUUAGCGACGCUAAAAAUGCUUUUCGGUCGACCAGAGGUUAUAGUUCAUUCUCUUAUCCAGAAGGUCCAGUUAUUGCCUGCACCGAGAGCAGAUAAACUCUGUACUUUAGUUGACUUCGCAAUUGCCGUUAGGAAUAUGGUAGCAACACUUCAGAAUUGCAACCUGGAAGAACACCUUUGUAACAUUUCUCUCAUGCAAAGUCUCGUAGACCGAUUACCACCCAUGAUUCGGCUUAACUGGGCAACACAUCGCCAAGGUUUACGCCAAGCUUCCCUUGCCGAAUUUAGUGCAUGGCUCUACACGCUUGCUGAGGCAGCAAGUACGGUAACUAUUCCACAAGGUCAAAAUGUUGCUGACAAAUCUAGAAAGACGCGAAAGGAAGACGGUUUUUUGAACGCACACAUUGAGUCGACUUACCAGCGAAAUACAUUUACGGGAGGUCCCAGUUUUAGUGGAUGUUCCGUUUGUCGAGGAAAAUGCGAUGCGGUGGAAAAUUGCAAGCAGUUUCUGGUACUCGAUCAUCCAUCUCGAUGGAAUGCGCUCCGCGAACAUAAGUUGUGCCGCUGCUGCCUUGGUAAGCACCAGGGCCCGUGUAAAUCCGCUAAAGUAUGCGGUAAAAAAGGAUGUACGUUUAAGCAUCAUCGGUUGCUGCACAACGAUGCAAAGGAUAAGCACUCCUUCAAUCCCACUUCCACUGAAUCGGGUCGGAGGCAGCAAUCUAGUGGUGACAGUAAGCAUGACGCCACCGAGUAUGUUUGCAACACUCACAGAAGCAACUGCAAUUCGGUCCUGUUUCAGUACGUUCCGGUGACGCUUUAUAAUAAAGACAUACAUAUUGAUACGUUCGCCUUUCUCGAUUGUGGAUCAUCGUUGACGCUACUAGAAGAAGGACUGGCUUCAGAGUUGUGUCUAGAGGGAGAAAAGCGUCCGCUUUGCUUACGUUGGACCGCAGACACCUGCCGUUAUGAAAAUUCGGCCAAGAGGGUCUCGCUUGAUAUUUCUAAAAUAGGAAACGGUAACAUAAAGCAUCGACUGACUGAUGUUUACACCGUGAAGGAGCUAAAGCUUCCUUUCCAGUCUCUAUCGUUUGCAACGUUAGCCUCGCAGCAUGCACAUCUGCAAGGAAUACCUGUUGAAUCGUAUGAAAACAUUCAACCACGUAUCCUUAUCGGCAUGAACAAUAUACGCGUAGUGAAUCCAUUGAAAUGUCGUGAAGGUGCAGUACACGAGCCUGUAGCAGCCAAGACGCGAUUAGGAUGGAUGGUGUACGGAAUGUGCUCCACGGGAAAUAAAUCGUCUUCAAACAUUGCACCACACAGUUUUCAUAUGUGUCAUCAUUCAACCGAAAAUGAUGCCGAAUUAAAUUCCAUGGUUAAGGCUCACUUCGCUCUUGAAAAUUUGGGAAUUUACAAACCAGAAAAGAUGUUACUGUCUACAGAGGAUGCACGUUCAACCGAGCUUAUGCGAUCAGUGACAAGAUUCGAGAAUGGAAGGUAUCGAACAGGGCUACUGUGGAAAUUCGACGAUAUUCGAUUUCCCGACAGCAGACCGAUGGCACUACGCCGACAUAAAUGUUUGAUGCAGAGGAUGGGACGCGAUUCAAGCUUAGCUGACACACUCAAAGCGAAGAUGGGCGAAUAUAUUCAAAAGGGUUACGUUCGCAAGCUUUCACAAAUGGAACUGCAACAGUCUGGGGAUCGCAUAUGGUACUUGCCAAUUUUUCCCGUGUUCAAUCCGAACAAGCCGAAUAAGGUCAGGAUCGUCUGGGAUGCGGCGGCAGCUGUGGCAGGAGUCUCACUCAAUGCCGUUCUCAUGAAAGGGCCCGAUCUUCUAACAGCAUUACCGGUUGUAUUGUACAGAUUUCGGGAGCGACCGAUUGCAGUGUCUGGAGAUAUCGCUGAGAUGUUUUUACGUGUAGCGAUGAAUGAACGAGAUCAACACUGCCAGCGAAUUAUCUGGUGCGAUGAGGAGGAUAUGCCUGCCGAAUACGUGGUAACGGUAAUGACGUUUGGCGCCAAAUGCUCACCGAGCUGCGCCCAAUUUAUAAUCAACGAGAAUGCGGCACGUUUUGCAGAACGCCUUCCCAAAGCAGUUGAAGUCAUCAAGAACGGUCAUUACGUUGACGAUAUGUUAGUCAGCGUCGACACAAAAGAAGAGGCAAUAAAGCUAGCGAAGGAUAUCCAGUACAUCCACCUACAGGGCGGCUUCACAAUGAGAAACUGGAUCUCAAAUUCAACAUCCGUCAUGCAAGCACUGGGUGAAACUGGAAAGGUCGAGAAAAGCCUGAGUAUAAACGAUGAAACGGUACUUGAAAAAGUCCUCGGAAUGUGGUGGGACACUAAGACGGAUACAUUCCGCUUCAAGCUCUCCACUGAACGUAAUCAAAACAUUUUGUCUGCUAACAAAAACCCCACCAAACGCGAUGUAUUGCGCGUGCUAAUGUCAGUCUACGACCCCCUCGGACUGAUAGCACACUACAUGAUUUAUCUGAAACUGCUGUUCCAGGAAAUAUGGAGGGCGGGAACUUCAUGGGAUGACGAAAUUGGCGACAAACAGUUAGUAAAGUGGCGGAAUUGGCUGCAGCUUUUGGUGAAGGUUGAAUCCGUGCGAAUUCCUCGUUGCUACCAUGUGUCUCCUUCGGUUAAUGAGCAACGUACAAUCGAGUUGCAUACGUUUGUAGAUGCCAGCGAACUCGGUUACGCAGCAGUUUGUUAUUUGCGGUUCGUUGAGGGAGAUGAAAUUUGUUGUUCGUUAGUCGGUUCGAAAUGCAGAGUAGCACCUAUUAAAUUUGUAUCCAUCCCUCGGCUUGAACUCGAAGCGGCGAAAAUUGGUGCCCGUUUAGCAAAAACCGUUAUGGAUGGACAUACGAUUAAGAUUGAUAGACGUUUUUUUUGGACAGAUGCUCGUGACGUAAUGUGCUGGCUAAAAUCAGAUCACCGAAAAUAUUCCCAGUUCGUUGCCUUUCGUGUUGGGGAGAUUUUAGAAAUCACAGAUGUUGAAGAGUGGAAAUGGAUUCGUGGGAAACUAAAUGUUGCCGAUGAAGGCACAAAAUGGGAUGGCCUACCAAGCUUUGAAAUUAACUGCCGAUGGUUUGCGGGACCCCCUUUCUUAUCGAAACCGAGAUCGGAAUGGCCAGAGGCAUCGAUCAACGAAGACACAAACGAAGAGCUCAGACAAAGCGUGCUGCAUCAUCACGUCCAGGUGCCCGGAGGAAUCUUGUGUCCACAGAACUACUCCGAUUGGGGCCAUUUACUACGACUUACCGCUCUGACGCAACGUUUUCCUGCCAAUAUCAAACGAAAACGGAAAGGUGAGUUCUUGCUGCGAGAACCGCUAACAAGCCAAGAACUGCUUGCAGCGAGUAAUUUUCUAUAUAAGCGCGCUCAAUGGGAAUGCUACCAAGAGGAAAUGUCAUUGCUUUCUGCGGGUAAGCUAAAUUUUCCGAAAACCAGCUACUUACGAAAACUUAGCCCGUUUCUCGACGACGCUGGAGUAAUGCGUAUACAAGGCCGCAUUGAUAUUUGUGAUUUUGCUGACGAGAAAACACAAUUUCCGAUUGUGCUACCGAGACGUCAUCCUCUUACAAAACUAGUGCUUCAAGAUCUCCAUGAGAGGUAUCACCAUCAAUGCAAUGAAACAUUCGUAAAUGAGGCGCGGAGGAAAUUCGAAAUUCCAAGAGUGCGUGUGGAAUGCGAUAGAGUUCGUAGAGAGUGUAUCCGUUGUAAAAUCCGUCGUGCUAAACCUGACCCUCCCAAAAUGGCAAACCUACCGAAAGAGCGGUUAGCGGCCUUUGUUAGGCCGUUUUCUUACAUAGGAGUAGACUAUUUUGGCCCGUACCAAGUCGUCAUUGGGCGACGUACUGAGAAGCGUUAUGGUGUACUGGUUACUUGCUUAACAACACGUGGAAUUCACAUCGAGAUAGCCCAUACCCUCUCCACAGAUUCGUGCAUAAUGGCUCUCCGUAAUUGUUUUUCUAGGCGAGGAACUCCUCUGAAAAUAAUAAGCGAUCGAGGUACCAAUUUGGUGGGGGCGUCGAGAGAGCUCGAAGCGGCUUUGGCACAAGUCGACAGCGACAAAGUUGUUCGCGAGUUCACUACAACGUCUACUUCAUGGAUCUUCAACCCCCCGGCAUCCCCGCAUAUGGGCGGCAUAUGGGAGAGGAUGAUACAGACGGUUAAAAAGAUCCUAGAAGAAAUUAAACCGAAACGCUUGCUAUCCGAUGAAGUUCUUAGGAACCUUAUGGCAGAAAUCGAGAACAUCGUGAAUAGCAGACCCUUGACCCAUGUUCCCGUUGACGGUGAAUCGUCUCCCGCUCUAACACCGAACCAUUUUUUGGUUGGAUCAUCGAACGGUUCUAAACCUUUGGUGCCGUACGACGAUAGCGGUUUGGCUUUGCAGCACUCGUGGAAAACAUCGCAAAUACUGGCAAACUAUUUUUGGAAGCGCUGGGUGCACGAAUAUACUCCCAUAAUUACACGCCGGGGAAAGUGGUUUAGCGCGGUAAAACCUAUUGCUGUUGGAGACAUUGUCAUCGUCGUCGACCCCAACUUCCCGAGGAACUGCUGGCCCAAAGGAAGGAUUGUCGCAGUGAAGGUUUCGAAAGACGGUCAAGUACGCUCUGCAACGGUUCAGACCGCGGCUGGGAUCUACGAGAGACCUGCGGUGAAAUUGGCGGUGCUGGACAUCGGGGCAAACAGGAGUAUGCUGGACCAGGGUCCAACUACUGGGGGGGACUGUUGUGAACGCCCCUCGUCAGUGAGCGCACCUUGAAACCUACAUGCCGACUGAUAACGACAGAUCUGUCAUUUGUUGCUGAAUUGAGGGAAGCAGAUCGAACCUAACGAUAAAAACUUCCUUUUGCUUGGAGAUCGCCGAGGAGUGCGCACGCGUGAAAUUAUAUAUCUGUACGACUUUAAGCCAAACGUGUUAAUUGUGCAUUUGUUAACCUUGAAAUCGUAGAGUAAGCUAAACUGAAACUUGAUCUAAAUUUAAAUUAAAUUGGAAAUUUGUUUGUAGGUAAAAUUAGUUAUUAAAUUAAACCAUUGUAUUCCGAGUAAAGCGAGCCAGAAAGUUACAAAACGAAACUUUAACUUGGAUAAUAAACCAGUUGUAAAAUUUCGGAACUCGCUUUCUUUACGUUGCAAAGGCAACAAUGAGUAUCACCGGAUCCAGAAUGAUGCAAGGAGCUA